GAUAGCAGACGUUGUUUCCUCCAAACGCUUUGAAAAAGAAAAAGCGUUCAGUUUGGCGCCUUUAACAAGCAAAAAUGUCUGUCGACAUUGUUCCUAAAGAUCUUCGCAACAAUAGAGCUUGCCUCGUGUGCUCGUUGAUAAAGACGUUCGAGCAAUUCGAAUUUGAUGGCUGUGACAAUUGCGAUGAAUUUCUUCGAAUGAAGAAUAACAAGGACAACAUCUAUGAUUGUACUAGUACCAACUUUGAUGGAAUGGUUGCUCUGAUGAGCCCCGAAGAUAGUUGGGUGGCCAAAUGGCAAAGAAUUAACAGAAAGGUUAAGGGUGUUUAUGCAAUUUCCGUGUCUGGACGACUACCUGAGACCUUCAUUAGGGAACUGAAGUCUAGAGGCAUUACUUACAGAUCCCGAGAUACAAGCCAACGUCAAUAAUUCUCAUUCUUAACCUCUUACCAUUUUUUUACAAAAACAUUUUUUUUUUUUCUUUUAAUGAACAACUUGUAUUCACACUGUCUGAUGCUAUUAUGUCAGCAUGGCAUUUCUUGGGACAAAUACACCUGAACUUGCCUGACAA